AUGGCUACACGACGACCACCACGGUGGCCACCGGCUGCCGCGAUAAUCAUCGCCGCCGUUGUGAUCACGGCCGUACCCCAUCUAGCCGCCGCCCAAAACGCCGUCAAAGACAAAUCGGAAUUACAACGAGCUAUUGACUGGCUUACAUUACAGAGGGGCAAAGACUGGGGAUGGGGAACCGGCACGGAUACCGCUCAGGCCAUUGUGGCCAUGGAGAUGACGAAAACCGGAGGACGUCUGGAGCGGGAACUGAGCGCCAAACAACUAGAAAUCGAGCUUUUGGCUAGGCUAUGGCAACAUCAUGACCCAGAUUCGGUUACACUUCAACAACAAGACGACGAAGACGAAGCGUUAACUGUAGCCAACAUAGCGACGUACUCAAUGGCGUUGGCUAGUGCUUGUCACGAUCCAAGACAAUUCCACGGACACGAUUUGAUUGGUUCGUUGCUACAACACGAAACUAUAUCCGAUUUGGAUUUCUCGUAUAGCUCCCUGGUGGCUUGUGAAUCGGGUACACACGUCAGAAAAAGGCACAUUAGAAGGUUAAUGGAGAUAGCAAACACUAAGCACACAGUGGAUUCAUUGAGUGUGGCCAUAUUAGCGCUUCAGUGCGUGGAACACGACCAUCGCAACCGGAACGUAAAACCGUUACUCAAGAAACCAUUAGCGACAUUGGUAGCACUCCAACAGCCGGACGGAGGAUUUGGUAGUCUUCACACGACUGCACUUGCAAUCCGAGCGUUACAAGAGGGCAAAGCCACGUGGAACCGAACAAACGCUGUCGACUGGCUGUUAAACCAUCAAGGACCCGACGGAGCUUUUUUCGACAUUGCAACGACGGCUGAAGUGAUAAUUGCUCUGGCGCGUGUGUCCGGAGUCGCCGAGGGGAUAGCCGACCACUGCGAGGUCCGGCCCGGAGCUGAUAAGGACAACGUCGGUACCGCGGUGAUCAUACCACACCCAUCGGCCGUCGACACCAAACGUCCGGUGUCCGUCAACGUGAGCGAACCCGUUGCCACCGACGAAUACCGUCUGCCACAGAUGUCGGACAGCGGCACCAAUGUGACGGUCAGCUAUUCACUGUGGAUCGGCAGCAACAUCACGGAGAAACGAUCAAUCAACAUCACGGCCGAUCAUAACGUCACGUUUUACGAGAUCAUGCAAAGAGCGUCUGAUUUAGACAGCGCUUUCACGUUUUCAGCUACGGAAUGGCCGAAUGGUCAUUAUGUACAUACCCUUUCGGGACUUAAAGAAGAGCCUAUGAGUUAUCAUUUUUGGCUAUUGUACAAACUGAGAUCGUGUCCUGACCCACAAAAUCCUCCAAAAGCUCUAAAUUGUAAAGGGUUACAAAUGGGAAUUCAGAUGUUUAUAUACAACGUUUAA